UGGGCAAGGGUAUAUGUAGGUUGGUCCUAGUUUAAUGUAGUAAGAGACGAGUAGUGGCUAUUCUAUUCUGUAGUAGUGAUUGGGAACUAGUUGAGGAAUUGAGUAUUAAUUUUAGGUUGAUUUUGGGAUGAGAAUGGGAGUUGGCCGUGAAGUUUCAAUCUCACUUGAUGGAGUGAGGGAUAAGAACAUUAUGCAGCUCAAGAAGCUCAAUAUUGCUCUUUUCCUUGUUCGUUACAAUGACAAAUACUAUACUGAUGCACUUGCUUCUGGCGAAUUUACCAAACUAGCUUACUACAGUGACAUUUGUGUUGGUGCAAUUGCGUGCCGGCUUGAGAAGAAGGAAGGUGGGGGGCAAUUUCGGAUAUACAUCAUGACUUUAGGUGUUUUAGCACCUUACCGUGGACUUGGUAUUGGAACAAGGCUGCUGAAUCAUGUUCUUGAUCUUUGCUCCAAGCAAAACUUUUCUGAGGUGUACUUGCAUGUGCAGACAAACAAUGAAGAUGCCAUAAACUUUUAUAAGAAAUUUGGGUUUGAAAUUACAGAAACAAUACAGAACUAUUAUACGAACAUCACCCCACCGGAUUGCUAUGUCCUCACGAGGCAUACAGCUCCAAGUCCAACGAAGAAAUAACAUUUCAGUGAUAGUUUUUUUGGUGGGAAGUCAUGAGAGAUUGUUGCAUUAUUUGUUGGGUUUUGCCAUGGAUGUAUUACACUAAGGUUUGCCAUUUCCAAUGCUAGGUUUUAAACAGUAAAGUUAGCGCAAAAAGAAGCAUUUCAAGAUCUCUUACUAAGGUACUACCUAUGUUAUUUUAUCCGUCUUCCCCCUUCACCCUCCAUCUUAUCAUUUCCAUCAGAAUAUUAUUAAAUUUCGAAUUUGGUACGAGAGUCUCUUGGGAAAACGAUAAUAAAAAAUGGAGGUCGCACAUAAUAAAGUACAUAAACCACAUCAACAAAUGAUAAACUCAAUUUAGAUUAAUUCGCAUCUUGUAUUUUAGAACUGAACCUAGUUUUUGCGUUCUGUUUUAGACUCACAUUUGGGGACAGCAAACAUGUUUGGUUAUCCAAAUAUCAGUCAUUUUCUUCUCGGCUGUUAAAUGCUAGCAAGGCCUGUGCCCUGUGUGCUUAAGGGUACAACUUUACCUUUCACCGUGCGUUAUUGGUUUUGUAUAUGGUUAUAAAUGAAGUGUUGGGAUUUUGGGUUGGAUAGUCCUGUCACCUUGUGAGCUGUUCAAUUUUGGAAAGAAUAUUAAAUUUAAGGGAAACUUUUGCCCAAAGUUAAGAAGUAAUAAGAAAUCAACCGUAAUAUGAGGUUUUAAGUACCCUGUUCGUUUUCUUCUUUCGGCUACAUGCAUCUCCGCCGGUCGUCCUAAGAACAAGAAUGAUCCACGUUGGUAAAAGAAAUAUAAAUAAUCCUUUUGACAUUUAAUAUUUACGCACGGAUCCUCGGUUUUUUUUUCUUCUUAAUAUUCGUCCUUGGCUUGUUAUGGUUCCAAAAUUCCACGUGGAGAUAGAGUAGACAGUAAACAUGGCACACAUUACUCACACAAAAUGACAAAACAGUUCGGAGGGAGAUUAUAUCACAUA